GUCAUGGAGCUGUACACAACAGUGUUCUUAGGAGCACUUGUACUUGUUCUCUUUUGGAUAUUUAGAGUGAAAAGCAACAGUAAUUUACCUCCAGGACCUUUCGCACUUCCCAUUGCUGGAAACCUGCCGUUUAUGGACAAAAAUGCACCAUAUAAAUCCAUUAUGGAGUUCAGUAAAACCUAUGGUCCUGUGAUGACCAUAUACCUGGGAUGGCAGCGGGCUGUUGUUCUUGUGGGCUAUGAUGCAGUGAAGGAGGCUCUGGUGGACCAAGGAGAAGACUUCUCUGAUAGAGCUCCAGUACAUUUUCUGCACAGAGUCACUCGGGGCUAUGGUUUGGGCAUCAGUAAUGGUGAGCGCUGGAAACAGCUCAGACGCUUCACUCUGACCACUCUGAAAGACUUCGGCAUGGGACGUAAGACUAUGGAAGCGUGGAUCCAGGAGGAGAGCAAGCACCUGAUAGCACGCAUCAACACACUCAAUGGGAAGCCCUUUGAUCCCACAUUUAUCUUGAGUCAGACUGUCUCCAAUGUGAUCUGCUGCCUGGUGUUUGGGGAACGCUUCGACUAUGAAGAUAAACAAUUUCUUCAAGAACUGCAACGCUUAAACAACUUUGCAAAAUUUAACAGCACCCCCUUUGGACAGCUUUACAACAACUUUCCCUGGCUGAUGGAUCAUCUUCCUGGCCCACAUCACACUAUGUUUACAGAAAUGAAUGAGGUGAGAGAGUUCCAUAGGAAGAAAAUUGAAGAGCACAUGAAGACACUGGAUCCCAGCUCUCCACGAGACUUCAUCGACUGCUUUCUUAUCCGCAUGAACCAGGAGAGAGACAACCCAAACACCGAAUUCCACUUUGAGAACUUGUGGUCUACAGUUCUUAACCUGUUUGCAGCAGGAACAGAGACCACCAGCUCUACUAUCAGAUUUGCUCUGAGUGUUCUCAUCAAAUACCCCGACAUUCAGAAGAGAAUGCAGGAGGAGAUUGACACUGUGAUUGGUCAAGGUCGUAGUCCCAACAUGGAAGAAAGGAAGUCCCUUUCCUUCUGCGAUGCAGUUAUUCACGAGGUUCAGCGCUUCACUGACCUUGUUCCCUUGGGGUUCCCCCGUUAUGCACUCAAAGACUUCACUUUCAGGGGCUACACAAUCCCAAAGGGCACUUUCAUACUUCCAGUGCUACACUCUGUGCUGAAAGGAGAAAAGCAAUGGGCCACUCCCUUCACCUUUAACCCUCAGCACUUUCUGGAUCACAACGGAAACUUUAAGAAAAGUCCAGCUUUUCUGCCUUUUGCUGCAGGGAAGAGGGCGUGUGUUGGAGAGUCCCUGGCCCGUAUGGAGUUGUUCAUCGUUAUAGUGUCUCUGCUGCAGCACUUCACCUUCUCGUGCAGUGGAGGUCCUGACAGCAUCAGCCUGACUCCUGAGACCAGUAGCUUUGGCAAUGUGCCCAGAAAAUACCAGAUCAUUGCCGCACCAAAGAGAGAAGUCAUGGAGCUGUACACAACAGUGUUCUUAGGAGCACUUGUACUUGUUCUCUUUUGGAUAUUUAGAGUGAAAAGCAACAGUAAUUUACCUCCAGGACCUUUGGCACUUCCCAUUGCUGGAAACCUGCCGUUUAUGGACAAAAAUGCACCAUAUAAAUCCAUUAUGGAGUUCAGUAAAACCUAUGGUCCUGUGAUGACCAUAUACCUGGGAUGGCAGCGGACUGUUGUUCUUGUGGGCUAUGAUGCAGUGAAGGAGGCUCUGGUGGACCAAGGAGAAGACUUCUCUGAUAGAGCUCCAGUACAUUUUCUGCACAGAGCCACUCGGGGCUAUGGUUUGGGCAUCAGUAAUGGUGAGCGCUGGAAACAGCUCAGACGCUUCACUCUGACCACUCUGAAAGACUUCGGCAUGGGACGUAAGACUAUGGAAGCGUGGAUCCAGGAGGAGAGCAAGCACCUGAUAGGACACAUCAACACACUCAAUGGGAAGCCCUUUGAUCCCACAUUUAUCUUGAGUCAGACUGUCUCCAAUGCGAUCUCCUGCCUGGUGUUUGGGGAACGCUUCGACUAUGGAGAUAAACAAUUUCUUCAGCAACUGCAGCGCUUAAACAAGUCUGCAACAUUUAACAGCACCCCCUUUGGACAGCUCUACAACAACUUUCCCUGGCUGAUGGAUCAUCUUCCUGGCCCACAUCACGCUAUAUUUGCAGAAAUUAACAAGGUGAGAGCAUUCCAUAGAGAGAAAAUUGAAGAGCACAUAAAGACACUGGAUCCCAGCUCUCCACGAGACUUCAUCGACUGCUUUCUUAUCCGCAUGAACCAGGAGAGAGACAACCCAAACACCGAAUUCCACUUUGAGAACUUGUGGUCUACAGUUUUUAACCUGUUUUCAGCAGGAACAGAGACCACCGGCUCUACUAUCAGAUUUGCUCUGAGUGUUCUCAUCAAAUACCCCGACAUUCAGAAGAGAAUGCAGGAGGAGAUUGACACUGUGAUUGGUCAAGGUCGUAGUCCCAACAUGGAAGAAAGGAAGUCCCUUUCCUUCUGCGAUGCAGUUAUUCACGAGGUUCAGCGCUUCACUGACCUUGCUCCCUUGGGGUUCCCCCGUUAUGCACUCAAAGACUUCACUUUCAGGGGCUACACAAUCCCAAAGGGCACUUUCAUACUUCCAGUGCUACACUCUGUGCUGAAAGGAGAAAAGCAAUGGGCCACUCCCUUCACCUUUAACCCUCAGCACUUUCUGGAUCACAACGGAAACUUUAAGACAAGUCCAGCUUUUAUGCCUUUUUCUGCAGGGAAGAGGGCGUGUGUUGGAGAGUCCCUGGCCCGUAUGGAGUUGUUCAUCGUUAUAGUGUCUCUGCUGCAGCACUUCACCUUCUCGUGCAGUGGAGGUCCUGACAGCAUCAGCCUGACUCCUGAGACCAGUGGCUUUGGCAAUGUGCCCAGAAAAUACCAGAUCAUUGCCGCACCGAGAUGAGCUAAUUCACAAUACAAUGGAAUAAGUGAUUUUAUGGCAUGUAAAAACAUGUAUUUUUAAUAUACUGUUCAUCAUACAUGGAUCAUUUUGUAGAAUUAUUUGUAGGUGAAAUGUGGGUAUAAAUGUGAAUAUAAAAUAUAUGUAUUUGUAAUAAAGUUUAUAA